AUUGCACCGAGGGCAAGCCCGGCCAGAGGACAGCCGGCUCGGAUAAUUAGCCGGUACCCCCAGUAAAAGCAGCAUACGGCACCCACCGACUGCAAGAAUAAAGAGUAAAGACAUCAGCAAAUUUCAAAUGCGUGGGGAGUUUGACGUGGCAAUUCAUUCACUGACAGCUCUGUUAACUAAUCUGUGGUAUCAGUUCAGAAGGAAAGCUGCUGUUGGCAUUUCAUAUUACAACAUUUAGGUUUCUCAAGGAUCCAAGGAAUGAGAAUAUUUUAAACAAAAAUGAGUCAACAAGGAUAUAUUACCACACCACCUUAUUCUCAAGGUCAACCUGGAAUGGGAGGAUAUCCAACUGGGUUUGGUUCAGCAACUUCACAGCCUCAUUAUGGCCACUAUGGUGGAACAGGGCCAUUGAAACCAGUAUCUUCACCUCAUGGGCCAUCAAUUUCUGUUGGUCAUUCACCAACUUCUCCACCACAAUUUGGCCAAACUAGCCUCCAGAAUGGAAUAUAUAGUCCUGGAAACCAAAUGCCAAGCUAUGCAGUUUCUUCCCCAGGCAGUGGUCAGACUCCUUCCUUCCAAUUCCAUGGCUCCCACCCACAAUCAAUGUACCAGAAUACUUCACCGCCUGCAUUCACACAGCAAGUCAUUGGUCAAAUCGGUGCCAUGAAAAUAAGUGGCUAUGGUUCUUCUCAAGCACCAUCACAAAGUGACCCAUCACUAUCCGGACCACCCCUCCAGCCUUCAUUCCAAGGAUCUCAACCACAACAACGAUUGCCUCCUAUUUCAUCUCCUCCAACCCAAGGAAUGUCUGUUGCACCUGCUGUCCCAACAGCUACCAUGCCCCCUGGAGGGGCUGCUCCUCCCCCUGCAGGAAUGAACAUUAGUCAUGCUGGACUGAAUCAAGGCAGUGUUGGUUACCAGCAGGUUCCAGGUCAGCCUCCCAUGGCUGGGUACUUACAGCAGCAAGGAGGUAUUUAUGGAGGGCAGCAAAGGGGAGUUCAGUCAAAUUAUCCUGGAACUUAUCCAGGGGCACCAGCAACUGGUGCACAGCUUGCGGGACCUCAACAGAAGAAACUUGAUCCUGACUCCAUCCCUAGUCCAAUCCAGGUCAUAGAAGAAGAUAAACUUCGACGAUCAGGACAGCUUUUUGCUACAAAUACUAGGGGCCAAGUUCCUCCACUCGUUACCACUAAAUGUGUUGUACAAGAUCAAGGAAAUGCCAGCCCUCGUUUCAUCCGCUGUACAACAUACUGCUUUCCAAGCACAGCAGACAUGGCCAAGCAGUCACAGAUCCCUUUGGCAGCUGUCAUCAAGCCUUUUGCAACCUUGCCAGCAAAUGAGGCACCAGUCUGUGUUGUAAGCCAUAGAGAAACUGGACCCAUUCGUUGUAACAGAUGUAAGGCCUACAUGUGUCCAUUAAUGCAGUUCAUUGAAGGUGGACGGAGGUACCAGUGUGGAUUCUGCAGCUGUGUCAAUGAAGUCCCUCCAUUCUAUUUUCAACACUUGGAUCACAUGGGCAGAAGGUUGGAUCAGUAUGACAAGCCAGAGUUGUCUCUUGGAUCCUAUGAAUUCAUGGCUACUUUAGAUUACUGCAAAAACAGCAAGCCUCCUAAUCCACCAGCCUUCAUCUUCAUGAUAGAUGUUUCAUACAGCAGUAUCAAAAUUGGCUGUGUCAAACUAAUAUGCGAGGAGCUUAAGACCCUGCUAGAUAAGUUACCAAGAGCAGAUCAAGCAGAGACUUCUGCCAUUAGGGUUGGCUUUGUCACUUAUAACAAGGUUCUGCAUUUCUACAAUCUUAAAAGCAGUCUUGCACAGCCACAGAUGUUAGUAGUGUCAGACGUUGGAGAGAUGUUUGUUCCUCUUCUGGAUGGCUUCCUUGUCAAUGUCCAAGAAUCGCGAAAUGUUAUUAACAACUUAUUGGACCAGAUCCCUGAAAUGUUUGCUGAAACUAGUGAAAGUGAAACUGUCUUUGCCCCAGUAAUCCAAGCUGGACUGGAAGCAAUGAAGGCCGCAGAAUGUUCUGGGAAAUUAUUUAUAUUCCAGUCAUCACUGCCGACAGCUGAAGCCCCAGGAAAACUGAGAAACCGAGAUGACAGGAAGCUGGUGAAUACAGAUAAGGAGAAGGUACUUUUUCAAUCACAGUCACAUUUUUAUGAGACUUUGGCAAAGGACUGUGUGGCCAAUAGCUGCUGUGUAGAUGUGUUUCUGUUCCCAAAUCAAUUUGUGGAUGUCUCAACUAUGGGAGUCGUGCCACUGGCUACUGGCGGUAGUUUGUACAAAUACAACAAUUUCCAGAUACAGCCUGAUGGUGAACACUUCUUGAAUGAUCUAAGAAAAGACGUACAGAAGUCAAUAGGAUUUGAUGCCAUCAUGAGGGUCAGGACAAACACAGGUUUCAGAGCAACCGAAUUCUUGGGUUCCAUGUAUAUGAACAACACAACUGAUGUGGAAUUGGCUGCCAUUGACUGUGAUAAGGCAAUCACAGUAGAAUUCAAACAUGAUGAUAAGCUCAGCGAAGAGAAUGGAGCCUUAAUCCAGUGUGCCCUGCUGUACACUAAUGUUGCUGGGCAGAGACGCCUGCGCAUCCAUAACCUGGCUUUAAACUGCAGCUCUCAGCAUACUGACUUGUACAAGAGCUGCGAGACAGAUGCACUCAUCAAUUUUUUUGCCAAAUCAGCUUACAAAGCCAUUCUAAACCAACCACUGAAGACUGUUAGAGAGAUACUGGUUAAUCAAACUGCUCACAUUCUGGCUUGUUACAGGAAGAAUUGUGCUAGCCCUUCAUCAGCUGGACAGCUCAUCCUUCCAGAGGCCAUGAAGUUGUUGCCCGUCUACAUGAACUGUCUCUUGAAGAGUUACGUUUUACUCGGGAGCCCAGACAUUCCGACAGAUGAGAGAACCUUUCAGCGGCUGCAGGUUACUUCUAUGGAUGUGGUUGGCACACAAUCCUUUUUCUACCCAAGGCUUGUACCCAUCCACAAGAUGGAUGUAAACAGCGAGGAGAUUCCUGCAGCUGUCCGUUGCUCAGAGGAACGUUUAGCAGAUGGAGGAAUAUUUUUAUUGGCAAACGGAAUAAAUAUGUUUCUGUGGCUGGGACUGAACUCACCACCUGAACUAAUUCAAGGCAUCUUUAAUGUACCCACCUUUGCACAUAUCAACACAGACUUGACAUCAUUACCCGAACUGGACAACCCAUAUUCAAAGAAGAUUAGGAUGAUCAUUGAUGAUAUAAGAAGCCAGAGCCCUUAUUCCAUGAAACUGAUAAUAUUAAAGCAAAAAGAGAAAUCAGAGGGAAUUUUCAGGCAAUUCCUUGUGGAAGAUAAAGGGAUCCAUGGAGGAGCUUCUUACGUGGAUUUCCUCUGUUAUGUACACAAAGAAAUCCGCCAACUCCUCACCUAAGACCUGCCUGCACUCAUUGCAAGGAAUGCCUUAUCAUUCAGCUUUACAGGAGAAAGGGAAAGUGAGAACUGCACAAGUUUAAAUUAUGCAUCUUUGUAUUUGCUUCACAACUAUUGUUGACAGCACUAGAGUUUUCUUAAGAAGAAAACUAUUUUGAACUUACCAGGAAUCUAGUAUUUACUGUUUUAUAGUAACUCUAUAGUUUUAAUCAAUGUAGUUGGUUUUAAUGCAUAUAGUUUAUAAUGUAUAGAACUGACAGUAUCAGUAGUCUCAGCUGUGUAUACUGUUAUGUUGGAUUUGAAUUGCUGUUCUUUCACUGCAGUAUCAAGAACCUGGGCAGUAACAAAUCACAAGCUUGCUACCCAGCAAUAAAUCUAUCAGGUGUUUUUAUUUUUAAAUGUUUUAACCUACCACUGAAUGAGUGGUCCUGAUGUGUAGCAAGGGAAAGCAGAGCAAUUUAAUAAGUCCUGCACCAAAACCUGUUACCAAGCAAACAUCCUCUUUUAAAGUAUUGAUGUCAGUUGCCAAAGGUAAUGGCCAACAGUUGCUGCAGAUGCUCUUUAUAAAUCCAAGACUUUUAAUAUUCUAAUCAAGAUGUAGUGGAGUUAUGGUGGACCAAAACCAGAGAAUGUCUUAAUUUUGAUUUUUUUUAAAUUUUCAGUUAAUUAAAUCAAUCAAUUCUUAGUAUCAGCUCUCCUACAUGAAAGUGAUUAAUAAGAAAUAACCAAGUAUUUGUACUGUUCUUCCAGUCAUUUACCCCGAAUAUCAAAAUCUUUUGUAUCCAGAAUUGGGCGCUGCAAGGGGAAUGUAUCUACUCAGCUGCCAGAGUAUAUACACACCUUCAACUGUGUGUCAUCUUCAAAAAUUAUUUUCUGUAAGGGUUUUUAAUAGUACUGAUACCAAAGUAGAGUUAGGGAAAUGUGCAAGCUACAAACCAUUUCUUUCUUUCAUGUAUUUUUACUUAAAGGACCACAGUCCUGAAUUGUCCUCUUACUGUGGGCAUUUCUCUGUCUCAUCAGUGUGCUUAGUCUGCCUUAAGCAUUAUUAAUGGACAUGAUGCUGAGUUUACUUUGCAACAGCAUUUGGUGGUGUUCAAUUACGCACAUUUUUAUGUCAGAUUUCCAGUAACGUAUAUACAUAUAGCACAAUGUUUGCUUUUCUUAAGCACAAUAUUAAGUGAUACGAAAUUAUUUUAGAAAUAAUCCUUCACCAGAGCAUAAAGUAAACAUUUUUAGAGUUGAGAAGUAUUGAGGUGAUCUAGUUGAAACAUACAAAACCUUUGAGGCACUUGAUAGGCAGGUGUUGAAAGAAAGUUUCCUCUGGCUAAAGGAUCAGACACUUUUGACUGAGUCUAGAAUUUUCUUUCACUGAAAGGGUAGUAAAUCUUUGUCCUUCCAGGGUAGAGACCUGGGAAUGCUCAAUCUUUGAGGUUCUGCAAGAGAGCAGUUAAUAGCUUUUUAGGAUUUUAGGGGACUUGAAAGUGCAGAAAGAUGGAAUUGAGGUGGAAGAUCAGCAUUGACUUUACUGAGUGCAGAGCUGAAUCAGAGGGUUACUGGUGUUCAUUGCUUCUAUUUUUAUGCCGUAACAACAACACCUUGACUGACAAUCGGUGAUCACUACAAAUUUCAAAGUUUAAAUACCUUCAGAGAGGUGGACCUAGGGUGGUGAACAGUCAGCUCAGCGCUGUUCAUUAAUAAUUAAUGUAUCCUAAAGGCAGAUGUAAAAUAAAUUACAAAGCACUCACUAGAGUUUAGAAGAAUGAGCGUGAUUGGAUUGAAACAAAAUUCUUGUGAGAAUCAAACAAACUGCAGAUGCUGGAAAUCUGAAAUAAAAACAGAAAAUGCUGGAAAAAUCAAGCAGGUCAGGUGGCAUCUGUGGAAAGAGAAACAGUGUUUCGGGCCUGUGACCCUCUUUUUCUCAGUUCUCCUAGAGAUACGUAGGCACCUAUUCUAUUCACAUCUGCCAACUCAAGUCCAUCUCUAAUCCAUGCAGCCAAUAAAUUCAACAGUUUUCCUCCAAUCUAUUGAUUUAAAAAAAAUACCUUAGUAAGUCGUGAUCCAAUUUUGGAAAGUGGCCUUACGUUUAAUUAGGUAUUAGGUUUGUGAUUUGCUUGUUUAAUAUCUUCUUUAAAACCAGUGCCUUGGAUGACGUCAGGGUGCCCUUAUGUGCAGAAUGAAUAUGAAUGACACACAUUUCAGUGCCCAUUUUUUUUGUCUGAAACCCGUGCUGCUUAAUGUGGUUUCAAGCCUCUUUGCCUUUUCAACAACUAUAAGGCAAACUGGAAACUCAGGAAAGGCAGAGAUUGCCCCCAUUUUCUGAGGAGUUUCACAAGUCUGUUACUGGAGUUAGGUAGAGGUCAGUUGGAACUCUUGAGAAAUUUCACCCCCAGCUGAAUGGUGCCUGAAAUUCGGUGCUCAUAGGUUUCAGUGACAAAUUGCAAAUAUUCAAUGUAGACGAGUAGGACAGAAAAUACGUUGUUUCAAUGCUUCACUAGAAGCAACUGCAGAUUGUAGAAUGAGAGCUGGUGUUACAGUCGUCUCCAACCAGAACUUGGUUUUAGUGAGCAGAAAGCCUUAUAAUUUCUGCUUUACUAUCAGGCACUUGAUUCAAUACAUCUUUUUAAAUAGCAGAGCAAACAAUAAUGGCAAUGAAAUAUAUAAAAACAAAUACAAACCACAUUAAAAUGUUAAGGAGCUGAAUUAAAGAUAAUUUUCAUUUGUGUUACAUCAAAGAGGUUUAAAAAAAACUAUUUAGGGGAGCGGUGGAAGAGAGUAGACGUUGCUUGUUAGUGAAAUCCUGUAUCACCAGUUAAGCAAUUAUCUGUUGUCUGUGGUUGACAAGAGGGAAGCAACAGGUUGUAAAAAUCAGAGAUUAUAUUAAUUGUUCUUUGGUUAUUGCUUCAAUCAGUUUUGUAUCACGCCAUCAUAGAUCAUUUGUCUGUGAUGAUGCAGCUCAGUACACAAAACAUGAACUGAUGAAGGCUAAUGGUAAAUUAUUUAUGGAAUUUGUCAAAAGGUUGGAAACUCAAACAAAUUAUCAAGCUUGUAGUUCUUAGCAACAAGCCCACAUUCAUUCAUGGCCAUCAGUAGGUGACCAAGGGUUUAAAAUAAGAAAAUAAAAUGACAGGGAAAGGCUUUUACAUAUUUAAUAUAUUCAACUGAUGUAUUAUUUUGUAUUGUAAUGUCCACAAAACACUCACAUAAUUGUGAAAUCCUGUGGUAUUUAAUCAUAAACUUUUUUGCCAAAGUAGCAUUGUGCUUUAAUCAUCUAGAAUUUUAGGCGUUGCAUUUCUAUUUACAUACAAAAGUGGGAAUAUAACAUAAGGCCAGAUACACAUUUGAAAUACUUUCAAUGUCUAACUUUGUAAAUCCAAAAAUUAGUGUUCCUUUUCAUUAUCGUCACUUGCAAAUGUUAAUUAUUAGAAAAAUCAUUUCAACUAUUUUUACAGUGAAGAGUAAGGUGAGACGUGAGAGAAUAAAAUACCUGCAAUUCAGACCUUAACAUGACUAUUCUGUCAUGACUUUUAUUAUGCAAAUUUUUAUGCUCUUAACUAUGUGAAUAAAAUAGUUACAAAUAAAAGUGCCUUGCUUAU